AAUCCAUCUCCAUCCGUCCACAAUCCCUCCCCACCUCUCUAAUCCACCUCCACCAUCCAUCAGCCAUCCAUCCACACCUACCUACCACCACCCACCCUUACCAUCUACCACCUACCGCCUACUCACACACCCAUCGCAUAUACAUCCAAUACAUCCAACUCACCCUCUCACCUGCCCACCACUCACCUGCCACCAUACGAAACCACCACCAACCACCACCACUUACCACUCACCACCUCCACCACACAAAGCACAAAGGGAGCUGAGCUUCAAUUAUUCUACAACUUUUUUUAUUGCUUCUCUAACGGACUAUUUUGUUUGCCCUACCCUCAUAUUGUCGCUACCUAAUCGGCUUCGAGGAUUGAGGGCCGGUCUAUGAUUCAAUCGACUUGAAAUUAUUACCCGCCACUUUCCGUCCAUAUAAACCACUGCCGCCAUGGCUUCCUCCAAGGACAUACAACACCCAGCUCGGCCUCUCGGCCAACACCGACUCUCGAUGUCUUCCGCCCUGGGCUCCAGCUUACCCGCGCGAAGCAGUCACCCACGCCACCACUCACACUCCAUAUCCGCCGGCUCGCUGGUUCCUACACACCGCGUCACACGAAGGAAGAGCGGCUCUGCCAAUGCGGCCGCCGUGGCCGCGGCAGUCCGCGAGAUGGGAGAAGCCACAUUGUCGGCGCCUAUGCCGACCGCGUCAUCAAGAAGGCACACAACGUCGCGGCCUGGCGGCUCCAAGUUUGCUGGCCUCGCGACGCCGCCGAGCAGUCUCCCCGGACAUCGGCUAUCGCUCAUGGCGGGUCGCAAGGCUGAGCGCGAUGAGAGCGCGAUCGAUGACGAGCAGAACGACGAGAUGGACGACGAGGGUGAUAGCUUCAACAAGGCGCGCAUGAGGCGCGCUAGCGAGGGUCAAUCCUCGGUCAAGAGCGACGGAAAGAAGAACGACUUGAGAUGUGAUAAAUGGGAACACACACCAGAAUGGUCGUACACCUCGAAACUAUUGAUUUCAAAGCACCAGCAGGUCCAACUGCUCGAAGCAGCAUCGGUUCUAGUCGCCAUGAACCAAGACGGGCCAACACCACCACCAUCCGCGAAGGAUUUCAACUCCGAUCAAGACUCUGCGUCGCCAGCCGCAUCAGGGUCCUCCGACCCGCGCGACGGCCUGAGCUCUACCGACACCACACCUCCGCCUCAGACCGAGGCAACAUACGGCCAGUCGUACACUGGCAGCUCGUUCGCGGGCCACAGAAAGCGAUACAGCAGCGGAAACAACUUCUCCCGGUCUUACCAAUCCGCGCCAUCAAACGGGCUCCACGUAGGAAGUAUGUCGAACGGAUCCGCGUUCGGCUCAUUCGGCCAACAGAGCCAGAGUGGCCGCCCACUAUCAUCUGGGAUCAGCGCUGGUGGCCUAGAAGACGAAGCUGGCCUAGCAGCGGCCGUCGAGCUUCUCAGCUGCUCGUUCGGCACGCCCAGAACCGGGCCCGUCACCCUCCCACCAGAUGUACCGCCCGUACCUCCGCUUCCAGCGAGAUACCUCGCCCAAGGCUUCUCCGGCACGACUCUGACGCCCAACCACCAGGGCUCAGCGCCGACGAGCUACAUCCGCGGACGUGAACAGCACGACGGCGACGUCAAGAUGGAGGAGAGCGAGGAGAGCGUCGCAGACGACGACGACUACGACUCGCGCUCUCGCGGCCGCAGCGACGAAGACGACGACGGCGUAUUCGGCCGCAUGGAGGAAUAG